GGAAAGAGAUCAAGCAGACAGAUUUUUCGAAGGGUAGGGCUCAAAGCAGCUUUCUCCACUUCCCUUCCUUCUUCCGCCCGGUCGCUGUGUGCGAAUUCAGGGAUGUUUCUCUUCUACUGAAGGCAUCCCCUUCCCUACACCGGCCCGACACUUUCCGUGUCAGGCACGAGGUCUGGCCCACUUUACGUUUCUUCUCAGCCUGUCUUCCCCAGCGUGAAGAUGACCCAGCCCGGACGCCCGAGAAGCUUUUGGCGCGAGUCGUCGCACCAGAUUCUUGCAGGAGGCUCGGCAGGUCUUGUAGAAAUUUGCUUGAUGCAUCCCCUCGAUGUGGUGAAAACCAGGUUCCAAAUUCAACGAGGAAAAAUGGAUCCAACUAGUUACAAGAGCUUGGGAGACAGUUUCAGGACCAUAUUCCGGACUGAAGGAUUGUUUGGUUUCUACAAAGGCAUACUCCCUCCAAUCUUGGCUGAAACACCUAAAAGAGCAGUGAAGUUUUUCACCUUUGAACAAUACAAGAAAUUACUAGGAUACUUUUCACUGUCACCAGCACUGGCAUUUGCAGUUGCUGGCUUGGGAUCUGGGCUAACUGAAGCGGUUGUAGUAAACCCUUUUGAAGUGGUCAAAGUUGGUCUACAGGCAAAUCGGGAUGCUUUUGCACAGCAACCAUCCACUUUUGGCAAAGCUCGGCAGAUUAUUCAAGCUAAUGGGUUUGGACUUGAAGGGCUCAACAAAGGGUUACCUGCCACCUUGGGACGCCAUGGAGUUUUUAAUAUGGUUUAUUUUGGAUUCUACUUCAAUGUGAAAAACAUCGUUCCUGUCAAUAAGGAUCCAGCCUUGGAGUUUCUGAGAAAAUUUGCAAUCGGACUAGUUUCAGGAACAAUAGCUUCAGUUAUUAAUAUCCCAUUUGAUGUUGCAAAAAGUAGGAUUCAGGGACCGCAGCCAGUUCCUGGAGAGAUCAAGUACAGAACCUGUUUUAAAACUAUGGAAACGGUCUAUAAAGAAGAAGGAUUUCUAGCUUUGUACAAAGGACUGGUCCCUAAGAUAAUGAGACUAGGCCCAGGUGGUGCAGUGAUGCUUCUGGUUUAUGAAUAUGCUUAUGGAUGGUUUCAAGAGCACUGGUGAUCCGAAGUGUCAUUCCUAAGGCAACAUUCUGUUUAAAGCAAUUAAUAAUUUUGAACUACGUUUAAGUAUAAACGUGGAAGCAAAUAUAAGUAAUAUGUAUAAAUGUAGUCUGGCAAUGUGCUUUGUUUUUCAGCUAUCAGGGAAGUAAAUGAAGGCUGGUGGCACCCAGCUACUGAAUCAUGAGGUCAUACUCCAGGAAUGAGCCAUUCCAUCAAAGGAAGACAAAGCUAAUAAAGGGAAAUGAAUUUUAAAAGGGCAAAAGUACAACUAAUUGAAGAAUGCUUAAUUUUUAGAUUGUUACUCUCUAAAAUACUGUGCAGAUUGAUGAUGUUACAUAGAUAAUACUAAUAACAAUAAUGAUGAUGUUAAUGAACCAUCUGCCUUUUGCUUAAUCAAUUAAUGUUGCUCUGGUCAAACCCUUUAUUUAUGUUCUAUAUUGAAAUGCUGAAGGAUGUGUAAGAUCAUUUACAAUUGAAUAAGCAAAAGUUUCAUCUCGUUGGUAAAAGAAAGGUCAUGAUUAAUAUUUACAUUUAUAGAAGGACAGAAACUUCAUAAUCAUGUUCCAAAACCUGUCUGGGAAUGAACAUUUGCUUAAAAUUGCUAAGGGCAGCAUUUGUAGGAAGCAUCAGUGGGGGCCCUCAGCAUUUGUAUUAUACCUGUUUAACUCAUGUAACAUGAGUCACAACCAAAAUAGCCUGGGGGGAGGGGAAAUAGAUGUAUGUCCUUAAUUUACCAUCCCAUGGUUUAAAAUUGUCCUGAUGAUCAGUUGACUGAUCAAUUAAUUGAUUAAUCAACACAUUAAAACUUGCAAUAAAAAAGAAAAUAGUACUUUCCUUAAUGACAUAUUAAUUAUCAUUUAUUAAAUGCACUGAAUUUUA